AUGGAGUCAGAGCAGAGCAAAGGUGACAGAAAUAGACAAAAUGCACUGAUUGUUGACCGGGGGCUAGCGAAAAGCGGAACGAAGGUGCACGGAGUGAACCCAGCUCUGCUUAUCGAGAAGAUCCUGCGAGAGAGGAUCCAGGACGCUCACUACUGGCACUUGCGGGCGUCGCAGCUGGGAUUCUACGAGGUGCUGGACGAAUGUGUCGAGUCGGUAGUGGUGGUCGGGACGUAUGUGAAUGCGGCGAGGACGAAGGCAUGCAAGUUCGUGGUGCUGUUGUUCCGGUUGCUGCAGUUCGAGGUUCUUCCCGAGGACGUAGUCGAGUGGCUCGUUGCUGGGGAGCACGGCUUCAAGUACCUUUCUGUGCUCUUCAUGGUCUACGCACGGCUCAUGUGGGAAGACCAGGCGAAGCUGUGGACGGUGCUCGAGGCGAGGCUGGACGACUUCCGGAGGAUCCGUGUGGUGGAGAACGGAGCAGUGCGCUUGGCUCACGUGGACGAGAUCGCAGACUCUCUCCUCGAGGAAGCAAAGUUUGUGGACAUGGCUCUGCCGAGAUUGGUGAACCGGUGGGUGUUAGAGGAGCAGGGCGUCCUGGAGGAGCGGGAGAGCGCUCUUGUGGACGAGUUCGAGCGGGAACUUGAAGAUGCCGAGUCUUGA